AAUGACGUAGAUUGCGCGACGCCAUUACGUGGGUUGGUAGAGCGGAAGCCCUACUAGAGGCUGUAUUUUCUUCUUCUUGAAUGCGGCUCUGUUCUGAAAGGUGUCGUGAUGUCGAAGCAGUCGAUGGGAAAGACGCUACUGAGGAAUGUAAUCCGCCACACAGAUGCCCACAAUAAGAUCCAGGAGGAAAUGGAAAUGUGGAAAAUGCGGGACUGGGAGGUCCAAAAGUCCCACCAAAAUUUGUCAGAUUCAGAGUUUGUGAGAGGACAUAUGCACUGUGAUCGCGUCUCGGAUCGACGUAGAGACUUCAGCCGAAGCAGAGAGCGUGCCUCAGAGCACGAUGACAGAGAGACUCGAUACUGGACUCGAAAACUGUAUGAAUUUGAGGCCAAUGAUCCUGACAGAUGGGGACAUAGUGGGUUCAAGGAGCUUUAUCCCGAGGAGUUUGAAAGUGAUGGUGAAGAAAGCAGUGCCACAAAGAAGAUUAACCGCCACAAAAUGAAAAAGUCCAAGUCUGAUACAGAGGCAUGCUUAUCAAAACGGUCCAAAAAAUCAGCACGAAAGAAGAAGAAAAAGAAGAACAAAGGUGAGGACAGAAAACGUAAGAAAGUGGACAGCUCGAGCAGUGACUGCAGCAGUGAUGACAGCGGCGCUACCAAAGACAAGCAGAGGAGAAAAAGGACUAAAAGUCGACAUAAAAACAAGAAAGCCUCCAAAAGCAGAGGAAAAGACGAGGACAGCAGCACAGAGGACAGUAAUGAUGAGAUAAAAAGGGAGAGGCUGUCUCACAGUCGCAAAAGGCGAAAGCACGACUUGUACAAAGACUCGGACUCAGGGGCGAACUCAAAAAAGAAGAAGAGGAAAAACUGGAAAGCAGUGGGUGAGGAGAGCUCAGAUAGCUCUGUGGAUUGAGACGCACUGAUAAAAACAGAUGCACAGUUCAGGUAACGACCCCUGAAACUGAUGCGGUUUCCUUUGUUGUCCCUAACUGCGCUAAGGGCUUUUCACUGCAGGGCUCUUCUAAAUUGCACUUUGUUUAACAUCAACAAACCUGUGCUUUCGGGCGUCUCCGUGGGCUUCCUGCGUGGCAGAAUCUCAUCACCUCUGCAGUGACUUGAAGCGCACUGUACAGCAGUACAGACAGCAGGGAGGGGGAAGAAGGAUGGCGGAGUAGCAACCAUCUGUCUCAAUGGGAAUCCUGUGAGCUGCAGGCACGCUGAUUGAUCGACUCACCUCAGACUGUCUGCCUCACAUAGUGACCUUCUGUCCUGAGAAGACCAGUGUUUUUAUUUUAUUUAUGAGAAAAUGCAAUUUAAAUCAUCAAUUGUAAUGGAAUAUGUAUUUUAUUUUUUCAUGUCUUGCAGUUUUCACUCUUUGUAUACAGUAUAUUGUCAUAAG